CCCCCCCCCCCCCCGAGCCCCGAGCCGAGCUCCCGCACUUGGCAGGGCGGCGACUUCACGCGCCAUAACGGCACCGGCGGCAAGUCCAUCUACGGGGAGAAGUUCGCCGACGAGAACUUCAUCCUGAAGCACACGGGGCCCGGCAUCCUGUCCAUGGCCAACGCCGGCCCCAACACGAACGGCUCCCAGUUCUUCAUCUGCACGGCCAAGACCGAGUGGUUGGACGGGAAGCACGUCGUGUUCGGCCGCGUCAAGGAGGGGAUGAACGUGGUGGAGGCCAUGGAGCGCUGCGGCUCCAAGGACGGCAAGACGAGCAAGCAGAUCACCAUCUCCGACUGCGGGCAGCUCUCGUAAACCCCUUCUGUCUUCACGAGCGACCAUUCCGCCUGCGGCCCCGGGGCAGCACGCCUGGCGCAGCCCCCCAGCCCCCACCCC